GGGCGUGACCCGCUGCGCCGAGGGGCCUGAAGGACUUUGAGGCGGCGGCUGGCGGCGCCGCGGGUGGCAGGAGCGCCCGGCCUCGUACCCGGCUCGGAGAGCGAGCGGAAAGUAACGCCAGCGAGCGCUGAGAUCUGCGGGGUCCGAGCGCCUGGAGCCGACCAGCGAGCCACGGCAUGGCCGUGGUUGUGUGUGCUACCUGGGAGGCUCCUGCCGGGCAAAAGCGCAUUACGUUAAAGUUUCCGAGUAAUGGGCUGUAUUCCCCGUGUUUGGGACAGUUUGUGUCAGGGUUUUGUUACCAUCUCUCUUUUAACUGGUUUGAUGCAGAGUCUGAGUCAGAAAUGCUUGUCCAAAGGUGUCUUCAUGAAUAAUUUAAAUGAUCCUCCCAACUGGAACAUCCAGCCAAAUCGAAGAGAGCCCGGGGAUGAAGGCAGCAGGUGGAAUUACGCUUUGCUGGUCCCCAUGCUGGGAUUGGCAGCCUUUCGUUGGAUCUGGACCAGAGAAUGUCAGAAAGAAAUAGAAAGAGAAAAAAAAGAAUAUUAUAAAAAACAGUCAUCUUUACAAAGAGACCUGGAAGCCAAAUACCGGGAUAUAAUUACAGAAAAUCGUCGCACAGUUGCUCACUUGGAGCUGGAGCUGGAAAAGGAACGCAACAGAACCCUGAGCUACCGUGAAGCACUGGUGUCUCAGAGUCGCAAACUAGUAGAAGAAAGAAGAAUCCUAGAACAGGAACAGGAGAAGUUAGAGCGAGAAAAACAAGUUCUCUUGCACAGAGGAGCCGCAGGUAACUUGUACCAAAGUUAUCUGGCAAAGGAAGAAGAGUGGCAAAAAAGAGCCAAUAUUCUACUAAAAGAAUUCGAAGAUGGACUUAAAGAAAGACAGGAAAUCUACUGCAGUCUUGUAGUGCCAAGAAACCAGAGACUAGAAAUAGAGAAAAAUCUGCUAGUUAAAGCAGCAACUGAUCCUGUUGCUGUGGCUCUACAAAUGGAGAGUGGCUUGAAAGAUAUUUUCAAACAUGAUAACUACUGUGGCAAUCUGCUGAACAGAAACAAAAGUCAAAAUGGAAGACUUAUGUGGCUGUAUCUCAGAUAUUGGGAACUAGCUAUUGAAGUACAGAAGUUCCAGAGGGUAGAAAAGGCCAUGUUUGGAAAACGAUAGGUAGGGGGAGUAAUGAUCCACCAUGAGUAAUAUGGACUAUCACAAUUGUAGUCUGAAUCUGUUAAAUUCUCCUACUGUGUUUUGGCUUCCCCUCCUCAUUGCAUUUGAAUUUACAUGUGCAGUGUGAGUGCCCUUCCUUUCACUGUCUAACUGCAUGCUCCAGUGAGCUGUGCACUUUGCUCUAAAACUCUGUGAGUGUGUUUGUAUUGCAGAGUGCAGUGUAGUGUGCAGAUAUGCAAGCUUCUGUAGGUACCAGAAGCAGGAAAAUGGAAUCUCAGUUAGACUAAUUUACCUGCUUGCUGGUAAUCCUCCUCCAAUGGAGAAGUGAGUUGUCUCCCUCAAGUCAAAUAGCCCGUAGUGCUCCUUGUCUCUGAUUUCUUGCAUGGUGUUUCAUCACAAUUUUUUUUAUUUUAUCUUUUAGCAAGGCUGAUUUUGAGGCAGAUGCUUGGGAGAGAACAUGAUCAAGCAAAGUUCCUUGUCACACAAAUCCUAUGUGUGCAUGCGUGUAUAUAUAUAUAUAUAAACAUACAUAUAUGUAUGUUAUACACACAUGUAUGUUUGUUUGCAUGUGUGUAUAUAUUUGUAUAAUACAUACAUUUCUAUGUAUUAAUAUUCCAAGGGGGAAAGGGUAUGAUUGUGUUUCAGAUCAGUCUUGCAUUGUCUUCCAGGUUUAAUAUACAAAUAGGACUUUCUGUGGGGAAUAUCCAAAAGAUGCUAAUCAAAAUAAUGCAUAAAGAAACAGUGUGAUCAAAAUCUUGCUGGAGCUAGGGAGGCAUGUCUGAGUUCUAAAUGGAAAGUGUAUGAACUCUAGGUUAUGUUCCUAUCGUACCAUAUAAAUGUUAAGAAUACAUAUGUUUUCCUCUCAGUCAAGGUUUUAGUUAUUACUGAAAUGCGUGCCUCCAGCAUAGGCUUCACCAUGCUGCUGUCUCUGUGUCCCAGUGCAUUGGGUGGUACAUGUUUAGCUUCCAAGAGCCUCUGAAGAUUCCAGUCAGUGCAUCUGGCACCAUAUCUGGUAUAGGCCCUGUUUGUUGCUUGCAUAUAGAAACAUAAAUGCAAUGCAGCCACACGUAGCCGCCUCCUCCCCGCCAGCUGUCUCAGUUCUCCCAGAACUGAAGUGCACUUUUCCACAGCAUUUAAAUUUUGAACUUACAGUCACCCCUUCAGGUACACACGACUGGGAAAGCCUACAGAUUGUAAGCUACAAGCUUUGCAAAGGUUUAAGUAAGAGGACUUUUAACUUUAUUGAGCACAAUAAAAUGAACAGAUAUAGACAGAACAUUAAAAAUACCACAGUGUGUUUCUGUGCUUGAAAUCCCUUAAAACUUUGGCUCCUUGGAGAGUAGGAACCACCUUCAGUUUCAAAUGUGCCGUGUAUUUUGGAGUGUUAUUUCUUCCUCCUUUGUAAUCCAGCCUUACUCUCAAAGCAGCAGUGUGUACCCUUUUGUUUAUAACCUUCUCUGUUACUUGACAUUGAUCAGUGUUGAUAGGUUGUCAGUUCUCUAGCAGUUCUUUAGUUAUUCGGGACUAGGCUUGAAAUAAGUUCGCUCUGGUCUAUCAGCUGUUGCUUGGCCCAGAAGCAAUCCAGCAAAGUGGAUGCCCAUCCAAGCUCAACAGAGAACUCUGGCAGAUGUGGAGUUUUCUCUUAUUAUCUCCUCUUGGUUUCAUUGCAGCCUGGGCACAGGAGACAACAGAUACAUCAGCCAUAUAAAUUGUGUAUGCAACAUAAUGUAGUUACUCAGCAAAAAUGUCCCAUGGGAAAAAAAUUCUUAAACUGUAUGUGUUUCUCAAAUAAUCAUUUCUUCAGGUGUGAUUUUGCUCACCUUAGUGGUGAUAACUACACUGCUGUAUUGAUCUGUCAGCCUUUUAUGGACUGAUAUUUCUUAAAAAUAAAGUUGUAAACAGACAGACAUUACACACACACACACACACACACACACACACACACACAAAAACCCAACCUAUCACAAGCACUGAAAAGGCCAAACGUUUUCUGGAUGCCAUAUGUAUGCAGGUUGGGAGAUGACAACGAGCAAUUGAAAUACUACUCUUGCGCGACCAAGACUUGACUUGAGCCAAGCUGCUGUAGCUGACCACAUGCCCUGAUUGCUUAGUACAACAAAUUAAACAACUUUCCUUGUGUGUAAUUCCUUCAGUGUGUGGAAACUGGCCAUGCAGCUAUGGAGGGUUUGAUGUGUAGAUACAGGCAGUUACAGCAAACCAGCUGACAUACAGUAGCCAGUAUAUCUAUGCCAGUGUAUUCAAGACUCAUGCCUUGACUUUGUACGUAUUCAUUAGUUAUUGAUAUUAAAGGGUCAAGCAUUUUAUGCUUUCUGAGUUUUUUCAUAGUUUGUCACUGACAUCAAUUCAAAAUAUUUAAAGAAAACGUAAUCAAGAGAGUAAAAUACUUUCUUCAAUAUAAAUAUGUACAUUGAAGCAUCAUGCUUGAUUGUGUAUGAUUGGAUGCAAUGUAAUAAAGAAGUGAAAGUGAAUUUCAAA